UUUAAUAAUUCUGUGUUUGAGGCACCUGCAUACCAUCUUAUUUUGGAAGGAAUACUUAUUCUGUGGAUCAUAAGGCUUCUUUUCUCCAAAACAUACAAACUUCAGGACCGCUCUGACUUGACAGAAAAGGAAAUAGAAGAACUGAUUGAGGAAUGGCAGCCAGAACCGCUUGUGCCUCCAGUGCGAAAGGACCAUCCAGCCUUGAAUUAUAAUGUUGUCACAGGCCCUGCUAGCCACAUAAUAGUGGUGAAUGGUAAAACAUGCAUUAACUUCGCUUCCUUCAAUUUCUUGGGGUUGCUGGACAACAAACGAGUCAAGACAGCAGCCUUAGAGUCAAUAAAAAAAUAUGGUGUUGGUACAUGUGGACCACGGGGAUUUUAUGGAACAUUUGAUGUGCAUUUGGAGUUGGAAGACCGACUAGCCAAGUUCAUGCGGACAGAGGAAGCAAUUAUUUAUUCAUAUGGCUUUGCGACCAUUGCCAGUGCCAUUCCUGCUUAUUCUAAACGUGGGGAUAUUGUUUUUGUGGAUGAAGCUGCUUGUUUUGCUGUUCAGAAAGGACUUCAAGCCUCCCGUAGUAACAUUAAGUUUUUCAGGCAUAAUGAUAUGGCAGAUCUGGAGCGCCUGCUGAAAGAACAAGAAAAAGAAGAUCAGAAGAAUCCCCGCAAGGCACGUGUUACAAGGAGAUUUAUUGUAGUUGAAGGUCUCUACAUGAACACUGGGGAUAUCUGCCCUUUGCCUGAGCUGGUGAAACUGAAGUACAAGUAUAAAGUAAGGAUCUUUUUGGAGGAAAGCUUAUCAUUUGGUGUGUUGGGAGACCAUGGUCGAGGUGUCACAGAACAUUUUAGAGUAAAUAUUGAAGAUAUUGAUCUCAUCAGUGCAAACAUGGAAAAUGCCCUUGCUUCCAUUGGAGGAUUCUGUUGUGGAAGAUCAUUUGUUAUUGACCAUCAGCGACUGUCAGGGCAGGGUUACUGCUUUUCAGCAUCUUUGCCUCCAAUGCUUGCAAGAGCUGCCAUUGAAGGUCUUAACAUCAUGGAAGAUGAGCCAGAUAUUUUUCAGAUUUUAAGAAAGAAAUGCCAGCACAUUCACAAAGCUUUAAAGGGCAUUUCAGGGCUGAAAGUUGUCGGUGAGAGCAUUUCUCCAGCCUUUCACUUGCAGCUAGCAAGAAGUCUUGGAUCACGGGAGAGUGAUGUCAGACUACUUCAGGACAUUGUGGAAUAUUGCAUGACUAGGAAGGUUGCAUUAACUCAAGCUCGUUAUUUGGAGAAAGAAGAGAAAAAUCUUCCUCCACCUAGUAUACGAGUAGUUGUUACUGUGGAACAGUCUGAAGAAGACCUAGACUUGGCAGCAUCUCUUAUUAAAGAAGCAGCACAGCUCUUGAUACAUUAAAUAGACUGAACUUGGACUUGAUAUCCCUCCUGAUUGUAUUGGUGCAAAUGUUAAGAUUUACAGCGUACCAAGUCAGACUCUUCUUAUUUAUGGAGGAAUUUUGGGCACAGUUCAUUUUACAGCUGAUAAUGAAAUGUCAUGUUGUAGCACAAUGGGAAUCAUGCCAGAAAAAUAAGUAUGAUAAAAAGAAUUACACACACAAGCAGAAGUUUGGAAUUCCCAA